AUGUCUUUAAGUGUUACAAGAGAAAGACGUGCAAAUGCUGGCAAUCGGUAUCAAAAUCAGAGAGAAGAUAUUGAAAUGGAAGUUGGUGAUGAAUACGGAGAUACAUUCAAAGAGCUUUCAGACGAUGAAGAGUUUAUGGAGUCAAAAGAAAAACGCGAAGAAAAAGAAAAGAAGAAAAAGGCAAGAAGGGCUCUUAUUUUACCACCUUUAUCAAUAAAUCUUCGUAAAAGAAAAACAGAUCAAUUGUCCAACGAGGAUAUUUGCAACAAUUCUGUAAAACACUUUUCUUCUCAAAAGAAAGAUCUCAUUCAAUCAAAAAGAAGAAAUCCCAAAUCAAUUAACAAUAACAACUUGGAAGAUGAUAAACAACAAUUGGUUCCAAUUUUGCCUGGAGUUAGGUCAUCAUCUAGAUCGUAUACAUUGCAAAGUAAACAGUUAUUGGCUGAAAAAUUAAAGGAAUAUGAAGAAAAAAAAUUGUUAUAUCCAAAACGAGAAAAAAUUGUAUCAGAAAUAUUAACGCAAGAAGAACUCCUUGCAGAAGCAAAAGAAACUGAAGCACGAAAUUUGGCAUCGCUCAAAGAAUUUGAAUUAAGAGAAAAUAAAAUAAAAAACACCGUUAGACGAAGCAAUAGAGUAUCUCUUGAAAACCAACCAAGGAUAAUCUGUCCAAUUACAGGACUUCCAGCAAAAUAUAAAGAUCCAAGAUCUGGCAUACCAUAUGCAAAUAUGGAGGCUUAUUUUAAAAUUCAAGAAUUAAUCAAUCAUCAAUAUACUUGGUAUGGUAAAGGUUGUGUUUAUUUGAAUGACCCUGAUCAAUCUCCUGCUAAAGGCGUUCCUGAUAAAUUUGGAAAAUAG